UUCUUUUUCUUCUCUGGUCCUCUGUAGACAUCAAAGAGCAUGUGAAACAGCUGGAGAAGGCUGUUUCGGGCAAGGAGCCUCGGUUUGUGCUGCGGGCGCUGCGGAUGCUGCCGUCUACGUCACGCCGCCUCAACCACUAUGUUCUGUAUAAGGCCGUGCAUGGCUUCUUCACCUCCAAUAACGCCACUCGAGACUUCCUGCUACCCUUCCUAGAAGAACCCAUGGACACAGAAGCCGACCUACAGUUCCGUCCGCGUACAGGAAAAGCUGCAUCAGCACCCCUUCUACCUGAAGUAGAAGCCUAUCUCCAGCUGCUCAUGGUCAUCUUCCUAAUGAACAGCAAACGCUACAAAGAGGUACCCAGGAUGCCGUGGGAAUAAUUAGUGAG